AUGGCGACGACGCGGUUAAGGAAGGCGUUCCGUUAUCCGGAAGGGGACGAUACGGAUCCGCCGGAGGGGAUGGAUGAAGUUGAGCAAGAAACCCUCAUCGAUAAACUCGCAGCCGAAGACACAGCCCGCUCGAUCCUCUACACACGUCUCUUCCUCAUCCUCCCUCUCCUCCCUCUCCCCCUCUACUACCUCCCCACCCCCUUCACCCCCCUCCACCACCACCCCCGCACCUCCCUCCUCCCCUACCUCCAACUCCUCCUCGCCACCCUCUCCCUCCUCUCCUCCGCUUACAUCCUCUACUUCCUUCCCGCCACCUCCCCCACCCCCCCCAAACACCCCGCCCGCGCCGCCGCGGUCCACGCCUUCGCGACCGGCCCCCACUCCUCCGGCCCCCUCCACCCGAGCACUGCAUUGGGGAACGCGCUGGAUGACCUCGAUCUGCCCGCGUGGCUGGUCUCCCUGCUGCGGGCGAGCGGGUUCGACAUUUUCUUCGAGACAGCGCCCAUCUCCACCUCUACCUCCGCCUCUCGAAACUCGCUAGCGCGCAUCGUCCCGUUCGUGGGCGGGAUCGCGGCGGUGAUGCUGUACGUGACAUGGGUGGCGACAGGGGGGACGGAUGGGGGGAGCAUGACGGAGGAGUUCUGGAGCGCGGGGUUGCCGGCGGUGGUGUUUUGUUUGGCGUUGUUUGUGAGGGGGCAGUUGAGGCCGGUGGAUGUGGAGGGUUUGAGGCGGUUGAGGUAUCCGUAUAAGGGGGCUUGA